AUGGCAGAGACUUUGAAUAUUCUAAGUCCAGUAAAAUAUGAUGAUUCAUUAGCACAUUAUGAGAUUCAUUCUCAUCAACCUUAUGUUUCAUCAGCAUUCAAUAAUAGCGAUGAGAUUCGCAUUGCAGUUCAACAUCAAGAUUUAUACAUUCUUCCUUGUAAAAGUACAUUACAUGUACAUGGAAGAUUAGCAAAACCUAAUAAUACUGAUGUAACAAAUACAAAACUAAUCAGCAAUGGUGUUUCUUAUCUAUUUAAUGAGAUUCGUUAUGAACUAAAUGGUGUCGAAGUUGAUCGUUGUAAAAAUGUUAGUCUCACAACUACCAUGAAAACAUACAUUUCUCAAACACCAAAUCAGAUUAUAUACGCUGAAAAUGCUGGUUAUCUUGACUUUAAUGAUGACAGUAGAGUGUCAAAUGAGCAUGGAUAUUUUGAUGUAAAUAUACCAUUGAGCAUGAUUCUUGGUUUUGCUGAAGACUAUCGAAAAAUAGUUGUAAAUGCAAAACAUGAACUUAUUUUGACAAGAUCUCGAACAGAUCGUAAUGCUAUAGUUAACAUUAAUGCAGCUGAGCGUGAAGAAUUUAAAAUUGUAAUUGAUAAAAUUGAAUGGAUGAUACCAUACCUAUUUGUUAAUGAUCGACAAAAAAUUGAAAUAUUAAGAUUUAUUGAAAAGGAUCCACUUAUAAGUAUGAGUUUUAGAUCAUGGGAAAUGUAUGAAUAUCCACUUAUACCUGCAACUCAAAAACAUAUCUGGACUGUGAAAACUUCGACACAGGUUGAAAAACCUCGAUAUGUUAUUCUUGGUUUUCAAACAAAUCGAAAAGAUCACCAGGCAAGAUAUGCAAACUUUUUUGAUAGUUGUAAUCUCAUAAAUGUCAAACUAUUCUUAAACUCACAAUAUUACCCUUAUGAAUCUGAGCCUUUACCUUCUAGAAAUAAUUUUAAAGAUUAUGCACCAUUGGCUGUCAUUGAUUGCUCAAAACAAUACGAAUUUCUUAAACAAGCUUCUGUAGAUGUACGACUGGAAUUUGAAUCAAGUGAAAAUUUUCCCGCCAAUACAGCGGCAUAUUGCUUGAUUAUUCACGAUCGCAUUAUUCAGUAUAAACCAAUCAGCGGCGUUGUUAAAAAAGUAACAUAA